AUGCAAGGAAAUCUCCCCCUCGGGUUUCAAAAAGACCUGGCUCGUCGACUAGCUCAUCAACUGCAGCCUCUGGUCACUUCGCACGGUAAAGCCAAACUAUUCCCUUGGACAAAAUCAUGGUCAGCCACUAAUUAUCUGAAAGAUGGCAGCCCCAGGCUCAGCCAUGAAGCACUAGCUACCCUGGAGAACCAGCUCCGACACAUAUCCUCUCAUCAUCAACAGAACUCAACCGUCAAAAGUACCAGCGGCUCUGUAAACCAUGGCCCUAGUCCACCUCUGUACAUGGCCCAACCCGGUGCUGCCAAUGUCCCCCUGGCGCCCAAUGAUCUCAUUACAUUCGACGAGGACUGCGUUAAGAAUCCCAGAUAUUUCGUAUCCUUCCCACCAAAGAGCCCAGCUUCACUUAAGACAAUCUAUACAAAUAACCAACCGCAGACCGCAGACUGCUUCUGGGAUUUCGAAUCUCGCCGCUACGUCUGCCCAUGCAGCUUCAGCACCACAAACUGGCACAACUUCGAGACUCACAUCUCGGGACACCCACACCAAAGCGCGCUCCAAGAAGGGAGCAUUUCAUCAAAGCGCCAGAAGCCCCAGUGCGUCGAUAAAUUACCCUUGCAAUCUCCUCACGCUCUACCACUACCUUUCAAUUCCAAGAUGCCUUCUUCCCAUGCUAUACCAAGCCCAUCAUUCCCCGUCAUGUGCUCUCUAACCAGAUUCAGGUGCAAAUUUUGCCUCAAGACCUUCUUCUCCUACGCCGCUCUCGUCGGACACCUCGAAUUGGGUCCCACUCGGUGCGCCAAGAAGCAGCCCAGCGCUGUAGCCGCCGCUAUUACUCAGAUCACGGCUGGGGUCCGCCGCGCCCCUGGCCAGGUGCCCCUUGGCCCGGGUGAUCUUCCGAGCCCGGCGUCAGUCCAGGCCCACGCGCAGGCCAUGGUAGAUCAGUGGAAGUGGCGCGAUAUGUCGCAGGUGGCCGGGGCAGAGGAAGAGGAGAAGGAGUUGGACUGGCGGGCGAGAGAUCCAAGGCGGGAGAACGCUUCUUUUUGGUAG